AUCCGCCGCUCUACGUGUGGCUACCGCUGGACUCCGCUUCCCUAGGGUGGGCGGGUGGCGGUGCGUCUAAGCUCGACGGCGUCAAAUCCCGGCAAGCGCCACACUGCUCUCGGUCCACUUCCUUGUUCGGCUCGGUUUUUCCUCGUCCCGAAAGCGCUGUCUUUUAGAGGAUUUGAAUUGCCAAUCGGCGGCCAUGGCGGCCUCGGCAGCGGCGGGGGGGAUCGGAGCCGGGGCCGAUCGGAGGGUCCAGAUACGUGGAUUUCGGGGGCUCAGGUCCUCCGGACUGAUUCCCUUCGGGAGACCGCUCCCGGCUCUGCCCAUCGGAUCCUCGUCCGGCUUUUCUUCCAUUAUAAGAGCCGUCUCCACGCCUACAAAACCAGAUACUGCGGUCAAGCGAAGCAAGGUUGAAUUGUUUAAGGAGCAAAGCAACUUUCUUAGAUUUCCUUUAAAUGAGGAAUUGCUCUCAGAAGCUCCAAACAUAAAUGAAGCUGCUACACAAUUGAUCAAGUUUCACGGAAGUUAUCAACAGACAAAUAGGGAUGAACGUGGUGUAAAGUCUUACCAGUUUAUGCUUCGUACAAAAAAUCCAUGUGGGAAAGUCCCAAAUAAGCUCUACCUGGUUAUGGAUGAUCUUGCUGAUGAGUUUGGAAUCGGUACUCUUCGCUUGACCACUAGGCAGACAUUUCAGUUGCAUGGCAUCCUGAAGAAAGACCUAAAAACUGUAAUGAGUACCAUCAUCAAGAAUAUGGGAUCAACUCUUGGUGCAUGUGGUGAUUUGAACAGAAAUGUAUUAGCUCCUGCAGCACCAUAUGCCAAAAAAGAGUAUGUCUUUGCGCAGGAGACUGCUGAAAAUAUUGCUACCCUUUUGACACCUCAGUCUGGUGCAUAUUAUGAUUUAUGGGUAGAUGGUGAAAAAGUUAUGUCAGCAGAGCCUCCAGAGGUAGUAAAAGCUCGUAAUGACAAUUCCCAUGGAACAAAUUUCCCAGACUUACCAGAGCCCAUUUAUGGCACCCAAUUCUUGCCUCGGAAGUUCAAGAUUGCAGUGACUGUACCAAAAGAUAACUCAGUUGAUAUCCUAACAAAUGACAUUGGUGUUGUACUAGUUUCUGAUGAUGAUGGAGAACCUCAAGGCUUUAACAUCUAUGUGGGAGGAGGCAUGGGAAGGACUCAUCGGGUUGAGACCACAUUCCCUCGUCUAGGGGAGCCACUGGGUUAUGUCCCAAAAGCAGACAUUUUGUUUGCUAUAAAGGCUAUUGUUGUUACUCAAAGAGAAAAUGGGAGGAGGGAUGACAGGAAAUAUAGUAGAAUGAAGUAUUUGAUUAGUGCAUGGGGAAUUGAAAAGUUCCGUAGUGUUGUUGAGCAGUAUUAUGGUAAAAAGUUUGAACCAUUCAGAGAAUUACCAGAGUGGGAAUUUAAGAGUUACCUUGGAUGGCAUGAACAGGGUAAUGGUGCUAUGUUUUGUGGACUCAGUGUUGAUAAUGGCCGUAUAGGAGGGAAAAUGAAGAAAACUUUGAGAGAAGUAAUUGAGAAGUACAAUCUGAAUGUUCGCAUUACACCUAACCAGAACUUGAUUUUGUGUGACAUCCGGUGUUCAUGGAGACGGCCCAUCUCCAUAGCUCUUGCCCAGGCUGGUCUACUGCUACCCAGAUAUAUUGAUCGUCUCAAUUUAACUGCCAUGGCCUGUCCUGCUCUUCCACUUUGCCCACUAGCAAUUACAGAAGCUGAGAGAGGGAUUCCAGAUAUUCUCAGAAGGGUUCGAGCUGUUUUUGACAAGGUUGGCCUCAAGUACAAUGAUUCAGUUGUGAUAAGGGUGACUGGUUGCCCUAAUGGCUGUGCCAGACCCUACAUGGCCGAGCUAGGACUUGUCGGAGAUGGUCCCAACAGCUACCAGAUCUGGCUUGGUGGCACACCUAAUCAGACCAGACUGGCAAAAAGCUUCAUGAAUAAGGUGAAGGUCCAAGAUUUAGAGAAGGUUCUUGAACCGCUAUUUUACAACUGGAGGAUAGAACGCCAACGGCAUGAAUCAUUUGGUGACUUCACGACUCGGAUGGGCUUUGAUACACUUCAAGAGCUGGUCGAGAAGUGGGAAGGUCCUGGGGAAUCAUCAUCAUCAAGAUUCAAUCUCAAAAUCUUCUCGGACAGGCAAACGUAUGAAGCCAUGGCGAAUCUUGCAAAGCUGCAGAACAAGAGUGCCCACCAGCUGGCCAUGGAGGUCAUCCGCAAUUAUGUUGCUGCUCAGCAGAAUGGAAAAGGUGAAUAAGCUCACCGAUGCAAACCAAUGAUCAUUUCUCUGGCUCGCUCUAGAUAGAGCCAAAUGAAGUUCAAACUGUUUUCCGCAUUUAUUUUUUAAAUGAAUUGACUCUACUGUAAAAAUGUUGGUAGAGUUAAAAGAUCUUCCAAUAUCUGAAGCUGCAACGUUUAUCUGAAUGGAACUGUAUGAGUGUCAA